AUGAAGUCCCUUUCACCAUGGACCGCGAUGACGGUCUCGACACUGUUGCUCGCCCUCCGCUUCGCAUCCGCAGACCCCGACGCGAACCCGGACGUCGCCUUGAAGACCAUGACCGACGAAGGAUGCUACAGUUCAUCAGAACCGCUGAAGGACCAGGGCUCCUACACUUUCCAGAGUACCGGCUACUGCCAGAAGCUCUGUGCGAAUAAGGGAUUCUCCGUCAUGGCUCUGACGCAGGGAUCAAACUGUCUCUGCGGAAACGUCCUUCCCCCGACUUCAGCCAAGACAGACAGCAGUAACUGCAACACGCCUUGUGACGGUUGGCCCGCCGCCAUGUGUGGUGGUGACAAUACCUUCUCUGUUUUCUUGACUGGUACCGAAGAGAACGUUCCCGCAUACUCGAGUUCCUCCAGCUCGACGUCCACAGAUGGUCAGACUUCGACCUCUGCAGAACAACCGCACGUGAUUACACAAGCUGGGCAGACGAUCGUGGUAACAGCCCAGAGCCAAACCGACGCUGCAGACAACAGCUCGAGCAGUGGAGCGAAUACAGCCGGUAUUGCCGCAGGUGUCGUCGUCGGUGUCGUGGGUCUGGCCUCCCUGAUGGGUGGAGCAUUCUUCUUCUACAGAUACAAGAAGAGAAAGGCCAUUGAAAACGAAUACCGUCGUAACGCAGACAUCAACAACUUCGUUGCCGGAGGAGGCAAGCCCAUGUCCUCCAGUUCCAUGUCAGAUUCCAGGUUCGACGGUGACUUCAUGGCCCAGAGACGCCAGAGUAACGGUAGCAUUGCCGACGACCAAGACUUCUCGAGGAGGAUCCUUAAGGUUGGUCUAUUUUCAGCGUAUCUUCUUGUAUUGUCUGUAGUCGCUGACAGAUCCGCCAGGUCACCAACCCGGAUGGAGUGUAAAUUAGGAGAAAUUUCAAUUGCUCAAUGUCUUUCGUCGAAGGAAAGAAAGGUUUUCUCUAUCGAGGAUACCCUCCAUGUCACUAUCACCUUUUUCACGAUUGGCUUUUCGUUCUAUUUUCCGUGA